AUGAAUAACAUAACUAACCCAGCUCUCUUUUCUCUGUCAGGCUUCAGUGCAACAGUCAACUACAAAGUCACAUUUUUCUCUGUUACUCUAGUAUGUUAUUUUUUAAUUGUCAUGAUAAACAUGUGUCUUGUUUUAACCAUAGUAUUGGAUCCGAACUUGCACAAACCCAUGUACAUAUUUUUGUGCUUUUUGUGCAUCAAUUCACUUUAUGGAACUGCAGGCUUUUACCCCAAGUUUCUCUAUGAUCUGCUGUCUGAUGUUUAUGUCAUAUCAUAUGUGGGAUGCUUUUUGCAGGUUUUCAUGAUAUAUUCUAACAUCAAGAUCGAUUACUCCAUUCUUGUGCUCAUGGCCUAUGACAGAUUUGUGGCUAUCUGUCGACCGCUGGAGUAUCACUCUGUCAUGUCUGUGCGAAGGACCACCGUGUUGAUUUCUUUGGCCUGGGUUAUUCCUUUCUGCUGUGAAGUUCUUGUUGUGAGCUUGUCAUCGACGUUGAAAUUAUGUGGCAACCGAAUACAGAAGCUUUACUGUGAGAACUGGUCAAUUGUUAAACUCGCCUGUGGUUCUACAAAAGCAAACGACAUCGUCGGAUUGGUUGUUAUCGGCUUUUACUGCUGUCAUGCUCUCUGCAUUGCGUGUUCGUACGUGCAGCUUGUGAACGCAGCUUUGAAAUCCAGAGAGGGCAGGAGAAAGUUUGCACAGACGUGCGUGCCCCAUUUGUUCUGUCUGCUCAACGUCACAAUCGCUUUGCUUUUUGACGUCAUGUAUUCCAGGUAUGGAUCGGCAUCGAUGUCACAGAAUUUAAAGAACUUCAUGGCAAUACAGUUUCUUGUACUUCCGCCUAUUUUAAAUCCUGUUAUUUAUGGAGUGAUCCUGACUAAAAUUCGACACAGAAUGAUAUAUCUUUGUAGAACGGCGUUCCAAAGAUUGAAAUCAGAAAGCAAAGUCUGA